CAUUCACAUACACAAGACGAAAUGCAUACAAGCAAAGAAGGGCACCAUUCAGCAUCAUCAUCCCACUCUAAUAAUGAAGAAGAAAUUGUAGAAGGAAUGAGGACUAUGGUUAUUAGACAAGAGGACUAG